AUGAAAAAACUCCACACUCCAAAUCACAAGUUGUACGAACAGUACUAUGUUAAUCAAGCCAAACAAAAAGGUGGGAGUUUACCAGCGUUUUACUGUGCUCGAUUUCAGCGGGGUUAUGGACUAGGGUCCAUAUUCAGAGGCCUGUUUCGCUGGGCGAUGCCUCACCUUCAACAGGGUGCUAAAGUGAUUGGAAAAAAGGCCUUACAAACAGGAGUCAAUGUUGUCCAAGAUGUUCUUGAUGGAGAUAACAUUAAAACAGCAGUCCACAAGCGCACGAAACAAGCCCUCGAUCUACCUUCCCAGAAUUCAUUGCAGGGACAAUCAGGUGCUGGCAAAAAAUCUAUAAAAAGAAAAGCGCAAGGAACCAAAAUCAGUUCGCCUCCAGGCAAGAAGGCAAAAACAUCUCCGCAGCAAAAGAAGCCCAAAGAGAAAUUUUCUUUCUGGAAGUAA